AUGCCAUCGCUCGAGGAUGGCGACAACAAGAGCGAGGCCGACAAGGGCGGGGGUGCGACGGCCCAGCAGCAGCAGCAGCAGCAGAGGCGGUUUGUCCCGCUCACGAGGCGGGCCAGAGCGGGUGGUGCCGUGUACGGCGUGGAUGUGCGCGAUGAGGGUAUCUCGCGUCGGAGACUUGAGCUUGACGGGGCUGGCGGGGCAACAGCAGAAAACGAAGGCGUUUCUAGUGGCGGGGGAGAGGGGUUGUCCGACGCCGAGGGGGAGGAGGGCUACGAAGGGAACAUGCUGACCCUCGUGGACUACUACAACAACCAGUACGUGGGGAUGAUCGGCAUCGGCUCCCCCCCACAGUACCUCUCCGUGGUCCUCGACACGGGCUCCAGCGACCUGUGGAUACCCGGCAUGGGCUGCACGGCGUGCGGGAAUCACGCCACCUUCGACGGCUCCAAGUCGAGCACCUUCGGCCUCCUCACCGAGGACGGCGGGAACUCAGCGGAGGCCGGAGUGGAGCCGAAGAUGUUCGAGGUCGACUACGGUAGCGGUAGCGUCUUGGGCAUGGAGGGGGUCGAUGACGUUAGCCUGGCUGGUCUAGACCUGUCGCAAGUGCUGUUCGGCCUUGUGCUCUACGAGGACCAACAGAUCCGAACGUUCAUGAUGGACGGGAUCGCGGGGCUCGGGUUUGUCGGUCUGAGCAUGGUGACGACGCCGACGCUGCUAGAGCUCCUUCACAGAGACCACCCGGAGGUGCCGAACGUGUUCAGCGUCUACCUGUCGUGCGACCCCUCGGACACGGAAAAACCAAACCACAUGCUGUUCGGCAGCUAUGACCUGAGCAUCCUUUCCGAAGGCGCCCCUUGGCACUACACCCCCCUCAUCCCACAUUCUCGAGGCCAACUCAAAUAUUGGACGGUAAAAAUGACGGCCAUGGCUAUGGUGACCAGCUCACCCCUCGCGGACACGGCGGAAGAAGAGGCGUCGGCUGGCGAACAGCCCGCCGAAGGUUACGAAAUUCCUUACUUGGGUGGUUCGGAAGAAGGGAAUCUGUGCUCCUCCGGUUGCUACGCCAUCGUCGAUACGGGGACCUCGGGGAUUGCCGUACCCGAGGACUACUUCUACACGCUCGCGGAACAGAUCACGGAGGCCAGCGGAGCAUCGUGCAAGGGGACCACCUGCUACAGUACCAAGGGCUCCGAUUUCCCUGACCUGAUGUUCGAGCUGUACCCCUCCAACAAGUUCAUUUUGCGGGGAGAGGACUAUACCGUGUGCAGCCGCUGGGGCGUUUGCGUGGUGAAGCUGCAGCCGAGCUUCGGCGGCAAUUUUUGGAUCCUCGGGGAUGUUUUUAUCGAGGCGUACUACACCCUUUUCGACGUGGAGAACCUGAGGGUGGGAUUCGCCUGCACGGGGAACGGGUGCUCUGGCGGCACGUGGCACGGGCAGGGUGGCUUCAUGGAGAUUGAGGACCAAGCGUCUUGGCGAAGGAGGGGCGGGGGGGCUCGUCAGGCGGCGGCGACGGGGCAGGGCCUGAAGGGAGUUUACAGGGCGUGGAUGACGUGUUGGGAAAAGGGUGGAAAGCGUACGGGUCGACUGAUGAAGCGUCGGCUGGGGCGGGGUGCCUGCCACCAUCGAGUAGAUGAUCCACGGAGAUUUGGUAGAUCGGUAGAGAGGGUGUUGCCCUUGUCAUGGGGCUUGGCUGUCGUCCUUGCAUGUUUUGUUGAGAGGGCGGCAGGCGUUUGUUGGUGUAUCGUCUUGUUAGUCGUUGGCGUCAGCCGUCAUGCAGCAGAAGGAGGGGUUCUUUGUUCGCUUCGGCGGUUGUCCUGUGGGAGAGCAAUGGUGAUAGGGUUAGAUGCACAAUCGAACGGGCGUUUUUUGUUGUAACUCUCCUGCUCGUGUGUUGAUUAUUUUCCGUCGCUUGUAUGUAUUGUCGGAGGCGUAUCGCACGUAGGCCCGUUGUCCAUGCACCGAUUGAAAUGGCGUGUGCGGCGGUGAGGCGGUGCACUGUAUUGUAUGUGUCCUCCGUCGAUCACUCUGUCUCAACGUGUCAUGUCGUUGUAGGUGUCAUCGGGGCGUUUUCCGUACACUGCUGUUGACCCAUCACAAGAGCAUCGUAUUUCUAUUUCUUUAGUAGGAGAACGGGGUGAUACAAAUACCUUGCGGGUGAGUGUGUUUUUCGUUCUGUCGCGGGACCUACCUGGGGAACUAUUGCAAAUUGUAAUUCUACUAACUAGAUCGCCCGUGCGUCGUUUAUCUUGGAUGCGAGCGUACGUGCGCUCUUGCC